AUGCACUUCCAAUCGCGCGUAUCCACAACAACCGCUCACGAACUUCUCUUCGCUGACGACUGCGCCCUGAACACCACCUCGGAAAAGGAGAUGCAACGUAGCAUGGACCUGUUCUCCGUCCCCUGCGAAAACUUCGGUCUGAUCGUCAACACACAGAAGACGGUGGUGAUGCAUCAACCGCCACCCAACUCCGCCAUUCCCACCAACGCGCCGCAAAACAGCGUGACUGGGAUCCAACUGCAAGUGGUGGAGAACUUCCCGUACCUGGUCAUUACCCUCUCAUGCAACACGAAGAUCGAUGACGAAGUCGCCAACAGGAUCUCGAAAGCCAGCCAAGCCUUCCAAAGCACAGUUUGCAAUCGUCAUGGUCUUCAUUUGAGCACGAAGCUGAAGAUGUACAAGGCCGUCAUCCUGCCGACGCUACUGUAUGGCGCGGAGACCUGGACGGUGUACACAAAGCAGGCUCGCCGUCUGAACCACUUCCACCUCAGUUGUCUUCGUCGCAUCCUGAGGCUGAACUGGCAGGACCGCAUCCCCGACACCGAUAUGUUGGAACGGACCGGAAUCGUCAGCAUCUACACCAUGCUGAGACAAACGCAGUUGCGCUGGAGCGGCUAUCUGGUGCGCAAGGACGACGGACGACUACCCAAACGACUCUUCAACGGAGACGUCGCGACGGGUUCUCGCCGUCAAGGAGGCCAAAUUCGGCGUAACAAGGAUACCCUGAAGUCCACUCUGAACUGUCUGCAAAUAACACGGCCAACUGGGAAGAGCUCGCACUCGAUCGACCGACAUGGAGGAGGACAGUAAAGACAGGCGCUGCGGUCUACGAAGCCAACCGCAUCGCUGCCUCCAAAACGAAACGCGAAGACCGCAAGUCCCAUAUUCGCCCAGUACGCAACGCCGCCGCACAACCGCUUCCAACGUGUCCUCGAUGCCAACGAACAUUCCGGGCUCGCAUCAGACUUGUUGGACAUCUGCGGAUCAACUGCGUCCCUCGAACUGCACCAACCAUCGUUCCCCCGCCCGCACAUUCCUCGUCCUCUCCGCCGUCAACUACCUCUGACUACUCCACUGCCCCGCCACCCCUAACCUCCCCCUCCUCCUCCACCACCACUGCCCUUGUGAAGGCUGCUCAGACGACUGUCACUCACGCAACAACCGACAAUACAUCUACUGUCUUCGACUCCAGCGAUGAGGAUCAGGACUACAGCUGCCCUCACUGCGACCGCACCUUCAUCUCACACAUCGGCCUGGUCGGUCACUUGCGAAUCCAUCGCACAGAGAUUGGCGAACCAGUGCCUGGUGCACCAACCUACACCCAUCGCACUCGCCUCCACCGCCCACACUGCCCUCGCACAUUCACGCAUCGCAUGGGUGUAUUGGGCCACAUGCGCAUUCACGAGAGCGGAAUUGACCGCAAUACCGACUCAUCCAUCAUGCCGAACCCCACCCCCACUUAA